AGAUAAUGAGAAAACGGUCCAGCUUGUGAUUUACAUGAUAAUCUGGCGCCCCUUAGUGGCCACUACUGCAAACUGUACUUAGUGUACGGUUACCUUGACAACUACCUGUAGCUCUUUCCCAGUUGCUGGUCACUUUCAAAGAAAUUUACUGAAGUAGCUGCAAAUAUUACAUAUUUACCGACAUUUUGCGAGAUAAUCAAGACUAUUAAAAUGGAUACAUCGGUAGUGCUGCCGGUUGAAGCUGAGGGGUUUAUUCAAAGUCUGGAAACCUUUUCCCUCAAAGAAGUGGGCUCUGUGAGGUGGUUCAGACAGCACGAGUUUAUUGAAAAGCUAAACAUGCAGGCCAUCCUGAAUGCUUCGGCCAUGCACGAAGAGUUUGUCAAGGAGCUCCUGGUGUCCUUUGGAAAGAUACCAGUUCUGGUCCAUGAGAUGAUCCUUGUGGAGGUGUGGAAGCAGAAAGUGUUUCCCAUCUUAUGCCAGCUGCAGGACUUCAACCCUAAGAGCACGUUUCAUCUUUACAUGGUGAUCCACCAUGAAGCUACAAUUAUUAACCUGCUUGAAACAAUAUUGUUUCAUAAGGAUUCCUGUGAGGCAGCUGAUGAUUCUCUCCUUGACUUGGUGGAUUACUGCCAUCGUAAACUGACCCUGCUGGCCAGUGAAGCAACCAAGGCCCAUGCUGCUGCUGCUGCUCAUGAUCUUCAGAACCAGAUAUCCUCUCUAGAGGAGUUGCAGAUGCAGAGUGCUGCUCUGGAGUUUGACAUCUCCCUAAAAGCGAUAUCUGUGCUGAGCUACAUCGCAGAUCAUACCGACAGCAUCAGCAUCAUCAAUCGUAUGCUUUGCACGCACAACAUGCCCUGUGUGCUGGUUCGGCUGGUCGAGUCCUGCCCCUGGAGUCGGAGCAACAGAGGCCAAGUAGAAAAGUACAUGAACGGCAAAUGGCAGAGGAUUCCUGCAGAGGACCAUGUGAAGAUGACUAAACUUGACGGCCAGGUCUGGCUGGCGCUUUACAGUUUGAUCCUGAAGGAGGAGUGCCAAAGAAAAUACGACUUCAACAAUUUCAACAAGAACCAACUCCUAAAGCUCAGGGGUUUCCUGACAGAUGUGCUGAUCGAUCAGUUACCGAACCUGGUUGAGCUCCAGCGUUUCCUGGCCCAUUUGGCUGUGACAGACCCAGCCCCACCAAAGAAAGACCUGGUUCUGGAGCAGGUCCCAGAAAUGUGGAACCAGAUUAUCAGAGAGAAUUCUGGGAAGUGGAAAGGAAUAGCUAAAUAUCAGGUUAAAGAAUCAUUCAGCCCGUCUGACAGCGACUUGCAGCAACAGGCCCAGAGGUUGGCGCAGACUUACAGCCUGGAUGUGAUGGAGCGUUUGCUCCCAGAGAAACCAAAGUGUGGAUGCUGCGGGAAGGAGGCUCCAAAGAGAUGCUCUGGAUGCCAAGGAGAGUGGUACUGCAGCAGACGGUGUCAGGUGAAGCACUGGCCUAAACACAAGCAGGCCUGUCAGCUCAUGACUGAGACCAUGCAGAAGGUCCAGGAAGACAAACAGCUCGGAUAAUUCAACUGACUAACGUUUAAAGCUAGAAAACAAAGCCGCUUUUAUUUGUGUGACACUGAAUCCCAACAUUUUAGGUAAACUCAUAUUUUUCUAACAGGAAUCCCUCACAUAUCUGUAGAGAUUAUUACUGUAGAAUUUAGUAUUUUGGUUUUAAACAUGAUGCAAUAAAGUUUUAACUUGUUCA